ACCUACAACAUUGCAAAAGUCAGCCAACGCUCACUGUCACUCCUCACACACGUGUCAGCGCUGCAGGACAUACUUCCGGUUCAACAUGGCGGCAUCCAUGGCAUGUCAGGCGGCUGUGAGAGGACUCCGAGCAGCGAGCACUAAACAACUGCUUGUGAGCAGAAACCAGUUAGCAAGGGUGAGCCCCAGAAGAUGGCUGAACCUGCAGGAGUACCAGAGCAAGAAGCUGAUGCAGGACAGCGGCGUGACCGUACAGCGGUUCUUUGUGGCUGACUCUGCCUCUGAAGCCCUGGAGGCCGCCAAGAGACUCAAAGCGAAGGAGAUUGUCCUGAAAGCUCAGAUUUUAGCGGGAGGAAGAGGCAAAGGAGUGUUCGACAGCGGCCUGAAAGGAGGGGUGCAUUUAACAAAAGAUCCUGCUGUUGUUGGAGAGUUGGCUGGUAAGAUGCUCGGCUUCAAUCUGACCACCAAACAGACCCCUAAGGAAGGAGUGAAAGUAAAAACGGUGAUGGUUGCAGAAGCUCUGGAUAUCUCCAGGGAAACAUAUUUUGCCAUCUUGAUGGACCGCUCCUGUAAUGGACCCGUGAUGGUGGGCAGCCCUCAGGGUGGUGUGGACAUAGAGGAAGUGGCUGCAACCACGCCAGAGCUCAUCUUCAAGGAAGUCAUAGAUAUAUUCGAAGGGGUCCGAGACGACCAGGCGCUACGUAUGGCAGCCAAUUUGGGAUUCAAAGGACCAUUGGAGAGACAGGCUGCAGAUCAGAUUAAGCGACUCUAUGAUCUGUUUCUCAAAGUCGACGCCACUCAAGUCGAAGUCAAUCCACUCGGAGAAACACCUGAGGGACAAGUCGUUUGCUUUGAUGCUAAAAUCAACUUUGACGACAACGCCGAGUUCAGACAGAAAGCUGUGUUUGCCAUGGACGACACUGCAGAGAGCGACCCCACGGAGACUGAGGCGGCCAAAUAUGACCUCAAGUACAUUGGACUGGAUGGAAACAUAGCCUGUUUUGUUAAUGGUGCUGGCCUUGCUAUGGCAACGUGUGACAUCAUAGACCUACAUGGUGGAAAGCCUGCUAAUUUCCUGGACCUAGGUGGAGGUGUAAAGGAGAAUCAGGUGUACGCAGCCUUCAAGCUUCUCACUGCCGAUCCGAAGGUGGAGGCCAUCUUGGUAAACAUCUUCGGAGGGAUUGUUAACUGUGCCAUCAUUGCUAACGGCAUCACCAAAGCCUGCCGAGAACUGGAGCUCAAGGUUCCCCUGGUGGUCAGGCUCGAAGGAACCAAUGUUCAGGAGGCAAAGCGUAUCCUGUCUGAGAGCGGGCUGCCCAUCACCUCUGCCAGUGACCUCGAUGACGCGGCCAGGAAAGCCGUUGCAGCCAUUGCCAGGAAAUAAAUGCAUAUAUGCAUUCACACAUUCACAAAACAAACAUACCAUUAUUAUACACAUACACCAAUAAAGCUGUGGCCUGCAUCACCAUGACAUAAACAAAACAGCCUUACACACUUCAUUCACAGAGAAAACUGCACAUAAUGCCUGAGAAGAAGCCACUUUUGUCACCUGCCUUUUGAACCACAGCUACAUACCAGCCUGGUAGAGUCAUUGGGCCUCCUGCCCAGUUUUUUUCCAGG